AUGGAGCAAUACCAAGGUGAUACCUACGGUGGCAUCCGGAUUGUCGAACUAUUAGCAGACAGAUGGAGAAAACUCGUUCUGCAACUGCAGCGCGAGAUGGGACGAGGCGUGGCUACGAAACUAGAAGACACGACAGCGGGAAGAUACAUCGACGGUGAACUGGCCAAUGCCCGCGAGAAGUACGAGACACAAAAGCGGGAGCUAGAGGAGUGUGCAGAAGAGGCCGAGGACGAUGAUGAUCUGAGAAGCGAAUUCAUCGAGCAAGCGGAAGACUGUACUCGCAACGUCAACAACAUCAUGACUGAUCAAAGGAGUCUGUCCGUCACACUUGAAGACAUGCGGAACGAGCAGGUGGCGUGGUGUAGCAUAGGCCGCAACGAUCAAGCGGAGGACACCGUGCAUGAAAACAACUCCGCACGCAUUUUCGAGCUUGAGCAUGAGGUUCAAGGGUUGAAAAGAGUGAUAGAAGAGCAGCGUGUAGAAGGUCGCCUUGCCCAACGUGGAGGUCUCGAAAGGAUCGAAGCGGCCGGGCAAGAGAUAGCAGAGGCUAAGGAACGAGAUCAAGUGGUGCGCGAGAAAACAAAGGAAAGGCGGCCAAAGGAGGUCAUUAUGUGGAUGCGAGAUUUCUUCGCGCUAAGACCCGCUGGAGAUAUCAUACCACCACCACGUCGAGCCGACUCCAUGCCCAUAGAGACAAUGAUCUCUAAGAAGACUGGUACAAGGGGCUGGAAGCGAAGUCGAUCAAAAGGUCGUCGACCAGGUGUCAAGCGCACAUCUUCGGAUGAUCACCCUAAACAGCCUCACACUACUUCGCAGUACCUCCAGGAUCAACAGACCGAUGAGCCUGGCUAUCUUGAUGAAUCUGAGAGCGAGUCUGAGAGCGAUAUGGAGGACCCGGCGCCUCCGAUGUAUACGCCGCAUCAUCCCCACUCGUAUACACCUGCGGCCCCAUAUCGAUCCUACUGGAAUGUUGCGCGUUCCACCACCACAGCCUCAGCCUCUGAUGCGAAGAAUCCCACAUUCCGCGGGCCCGCCGUAUGGCCAGCAUCUUCUCAGGGCUCCUUUACAUAA